ACCGUCAAUUUGCAAAGACAUUACCAACGUUAACAUGGCUUCUUCUUGGUGGAGAUAAAUGGCCAUCAUUUGCAUACAUGAGGGGCAGUAGGGCACGGGAUGGGAGCGUGAAACACGCCCAAAAUUAUUGGUUAGGGUUUCCCACACCUAACAUCAUUCCAUCACAUGAAACACCACAUCAAAAGCUUUCGAACAAUAAAUCCAGUCAAACAUGCAAAAUAAAUGCUUUCGACACUGUCCUCCCAUCCACCCCUAUUCCAAACCUGGGGUACAUGCACAUGAGUUCAUAA